AUGCUGAAUGCUAUAAAGAUAGCGGGCCAUCGUCGUGUGAUAGGGUCGGUAGGCUGGAGGUCGUUCAAGCGCUGUUUGAACACCAACAACCCUUCGGAAAUCAACAACCAGUAUCUCAACCGGAAACGCUCAAGCUUUAGUGCAGGGCAGCCUCUUUUCGAAACGAGACCCGAACUAUUGAAGCCCGGUGAGUUAACCCCAGGAAUAACUGCCUUGGAAUACUUCAAUAGAAGAGUCAAGUUGGCUACUCGGCUGCCGGCAAAAAGUUGUGCCAUCAUUGCUGGAGCCCAAGUGAAGUAUGCUUCGGGUCCUGUCUUUUACGCGUUUCAGCAAAACAACGAUUUAUUUUACUUGACCGGGUGGAAUGAACCGGAUUCCGUGAUGAUUCUGGAGAAACCCUCGGACAACAUUGACGAUGUGAUAUUUCACCUCGUUGUGCCUCCCAAGGACGCCUUCUCGGAACAGUGGGAGGGCGAACGCACUGGAACAGAAGGAGCUUGCGAAAUUUUUAAUGCGGAUGAAUCAACGGACACUCGCCAAUCGUCGGUUUACAUAUCCAAAAUCAUCAACAGAAAUGACCAUAUCUAUUUCGACAGGCCACAAGAUAAGAUCGAUUCUAGCGCAGAAGCCUUCUUUAGGUCCUUCUUCUCUGUCUCCCAUUCUCCGGCUUCUGCUGAUACUAUUACCGACGCUAUCAAGAACUCAGGCAAAAAGUAUGUGCGAAAAUUAAAGUCCAUUAUUGCAGACAUGAGGUCCAUCAAAUCACCCGCUGAGAUCAGAGUGAUGAGGCGAGCUGGGCAAAUUUCGGGUAGAGCGUACAAUCAGGCAUAUGCCCGCAGAUUUCGUAAUGAAAGAACAUUGCAUUCUUUCUUGGACUACAAGUUUGUGUCCGGUGGUUGCGACAAGUCUGCUUACAUACCAGUGGUUGCUAGUGGCUCGAAUUCGCUCUGUAUACACUAUACCAGAAACGACGAUGUUAUGUACGAUGAUGAAAUGGUUCUUGUCGAUGCGUCCGGUUCUCUGGGAGGUUACUGCACGGAUAUCUCGAGAACAUGGCCAGUAAAUGGGACAUUUUCGCCAGCACAGAGAGACCUUUACGAAGCCGUUUUGAACGUCCAAAGAAAAUGCAUCGAACUUUGUAAGGCUUCCGGCCUAUACUCACUCCAUGACAUUCACGAAAAAAGCAUUGCGUUUUUCAAAGAGGAGUUGAAAAAUGUUGGUCUUCCAGCAUCUCAGAAUUCGGAUGUUUCAAAAAUAUACCCUCAUUAUAUUGGUCAUAAUCUGGGGCUUGAUGUGCACGAUGUUCCCCAAAUUUCCCGAUAUGCUCCACUUCAAGAAGGUCAGGUCAUCACCAUUGAGCCUGGUAUUUACAUCCCAGAUGACCCCAAGUAUCCGCCGUACUUCAGAAACAUUGGAAUCAGAAUCGAAGAUGACAUUGCCGUCGGAGCAGAUGGCUAUACUAACCUAACCGUAGAAGCAGCGAAGGAGAUAGUAGAUAUUGAAAACAUAGCACAGAAUGGGGUCACCAGCAAGUUUGAGGAUGAUGUCGUGGCUCCACUUAAGUAUUCCAGCUAA